AUGGAGGAAAUUGUUCCAAAGGGCGUCACGAUGAGCUUGGGGUUCUGCGAUGCAAUGGAUUUCUUUGCUGCUGGGGUGGUGAACUGUGUUGUAAUGCAUGGAUUCAAUGACGAUGAAAUCUAUGAUUUCAUAGAUCCAAGUAAGGCUUGUAACUCUAAGUGCCCUAUGGGUACAACUAAGAAAGUAUGGAAACAAAAGACUCCCUUAGAAAAGGGCAAGGAAAUGGUUAUUGAUCCAGCUAUAGCAGAACGGAGUCAAGAGCAGAAUCAAGAAAAUCUAUAUAAAUGUAGUACAAGCUCAAAUGUCCCCCAUCUUACAUUGCUUGAGUCACCUCAACAGUCUCAAGAGGAGAUUCUUGCUCCUACUGGGAAUGUGGUAAUCCAGUCCUCUCCCACUCUUAAGGCUCCUGUUAACAUUGCGACUUGCAAGAAGUUUGCUAGCCUUGUGGUGGACCUUUCUAAGUAG